AUGAAUAAUCGAAGAUUUCUAGACAUUGAUGAUACAAUAUUAACAAAAAAUUUAAUGUUACCUGAAAAUACAUCGAAUAGUAACAAUUUAACGAAACAAUCUGAUACAAAACCUUUCUUUCUUAUUCAACCUACACCUGGUAUAUGUGUAAAAACAAGAACUGAUAGUGGAGAAAAAGUAUUUUUAAACAUAUGUACAUCUGAUAAAAUACCUCCACCUGAUGAUAUACCCGAUGCAAAACUUCUUGAAAUAAUUUUAAAUGAAAAAAAUUCAGAAUUUGUUAUACUUAUGAGUAUUGGAAAUGAAAGAUUUGAAUUUGAUAAAGGUGGAUCUCCUUGUGCAACAUAUGACAUUGUAAUUAAUACAACAUAUUUUAAAAAAUGUCAAGAAAACAAACACUUUUUACUAUUCACAAUAUUAGUUAUACUAGAUGGAGUAUCCAACAAAUUUAACAAAACAUUAAAGGAUUAUGUAAUUCUUAAAAAUCGAAAGGUAAUGGGAAAAUUACAACAACACAAAAUAGAAAACCGUGAACCACAAAUUCAUAUGCAAAUUCCAAAACCAUUAAUCGAGGAAAUUAAUACUCCUAAUAAAAGCAAUUAUAAAGAACAAAAUAAAGUCAGUGAAUUCAAAAAUAUUUCUUCAGAAAGUGAUGUUAAUCCAAAAUUGAAUUAUGUACUACUGAAACAACUUUUGAAAGGAAUGUCUAUACACUUAAUUGGUAUAUUUCAAAUACCUAAAGGGAUUACUAGUAAAGAGAUAGAAGUACUUCUUAAUGAAGAUCGUAUUGUAAUUACUAUUGAUAAAACUGGUCUUACAUAUGACUUAUUAGUUCCAUAUACCAUAAAUGUAACACUAGCAAAAUGUGCUCUAGAUAACAAUCGUAAGAUAUUAAGGUUAGAUAUGCCUGUGGAAAAUACUUUAAAUAUCCAAACAAGUUAA